AUGGCCUUUGACCGCUACAUUGCCAUUUGCAACCCUCUACGCUACUCCUCCAUCCUAACCAAUGACAAAAUCAUGAAAAUCGGGGUGGCAAUUUUGUGUAGAAGUUUUUCAUUCAUUUCUCCUGCCAUCAUCCGCCUGAAGUUCUUAAAUUACUGCCGUCCUCACAUCCUCUCUCACUCUUUCUGCCUGCACCAAGACUUACUUCGAUUGGCCUGUUCAGACAUCCGCUUCAACAGCAUCUAUGCUCUGGUUCUGGUGAUCAUGAACUUGCUGCUGGAUGCUGUGCUCAUCAUAAUCUCCUACAUUAUGAUCUUGCACACUGUCUUAGCCAUCGCAUCCCGGGAGGAGAGAAUGAAGUCCUUACAGACUUGUGUGUCUCACAUCUGUGCUGUUUUGGUUUUCUACAUCCCAAUCAUUGGUCUGACCAUGGUUCAUCGCUUUGGCAAACACCUCUCUCCUCUGGUUCAUGUCCUCAUGGGCAACAUCUAUAUCCUUUUCCCACCCUUGAUGAACUCCAUUAUCUACAGUAUCAAGACCCACCAGAUAUGAAGGAGAGUGCAGAGGUUGUUCUCCUUGAAAGCCAUCUAA